AUGGGUGCCAUUCCUGAGUUCGAUCCCGAGGAGCCUCAAGAGACCAAGCCCUUCAAGUUCGUGACUGGUUACGAUGCUCGUUUCCCCCAGAUGAACCAGACCAAGCACUGCUGGCAGAACUAUGUCGACUACUACAAGUGUGUCAACGCCAAGGGCGAGGACUUCCGUCCCUGCCGUCAGUUCUACCACGCCUUCCGUGCUCUGUGCCCCAAGGCCUGGACCGACCGUUGGGACGGUCAGCGUGAGGCUGGCAACUUCCCCGCCCACCUUGACCGGUAAAUGACCGACAGCUGCUUUGUGUUGGUUACUUGGGCUUUGAAUUUUUUGUGUAUCGACAACUAUCAAUGUACUCUACCUGGUCAUGCGGGGAUACAUUUCCUUUCUUCCUGAUGUAAACCUUCUGGCUAUCCGAGAAGGGUUGUCUAUAAAUCGCUGUUCCGCAAAGAGAA